CCCGUGCUAUUGCGCAAUCGCUUCCAAGGCUUCCAAGAAAAAUGCCGAAUAAUAAACGGUCGCACCGGUUACAGUCUAGUGGCUGCCCGUCUCCCUACGGCCUUGGAGGUGCCCCUACCAGACGAUCUGUGUGUGUGCUAAGCAAGUAAAUCUGCAUUGCAAGGGACAAGGCCGGAGCUUGCCCGACAGAUACAUAAAGACAAGACCGUUCCCACGCCUUCCCAACCUUGAAGGUGUCGAGCCCGUCUCCUAGCUUCCCGUCUUCAGUCCUCUUCCUCUCGACCCGUUCCUGGGCGUAUAUGACGUCGGACCGAUCACGACCUUGACAGAGGAGCAAACAUUUUCCAUCGAGGAGCCGUGAAGAGGUGAACCGAUAUUUUUCUCCCGACGUAUCAUUACAAUUCUCUCCCGACUCUCCUUUUCCAAGGCAACUCAUAUCCCUAAAGGAAAAUGGCGAAUCCUCCUCACGGCGGCGUCCUCAAGGACCUCAUUGCGCGCGAUGCCCCGCGCCGCAAGCAGCUCUUCGAAGAAGCCGAGACACUCCCCGCCAUCGUGCUCACCGAGCGCCAGCUCUGCGAUUUGGAACUCAUCCUGAACGGAGGAUUUUCUCCGCUGGAGGGUUUUAUGAGCCAGAAGGAUUACGAUGGCGUCGUUAGUGAAAACCGCCUCGCCGACGGCAAUCUCUUCAGCAUCCCCAUCACCCUCGACCUCUCCAAGGAGACGAUAGAAGAAACCGGAGUCAAGCCUGGCGCUCGUAUAGCACUGCGCGAUUUCCGUGAUGAUCGCAAUCUGGCCAUCAUCACGGUGGAGGAUAUCUACCGGCCGGACAAGGAGAAGGAGGCCAAGGAGGUCUUUGGAGGCGAUCCGGAGCAUCCUGCCAUCAAGUACCUCUUCAACCAGGCGCAAGAGUACUAUGUUGGUGGUAAAAUCGAGGCCAUCGACCGGUUGAUGCACUACGACUAUGUCGCCCUGCGAUACUCUCCCGCUGAACUCCGUCUUCACUUCGACAAGCUUGGCUGGUCCAGGGUUGUCGCUUUUCAGACCAGAAACCCCAUGCACCGCGCUCACCGUGAACUUACCGUCCGCGCCGCUCGCGCCCGUCAAGCCAACGUCCUCAUUCACCCCGUCGUUGGCCUCACGAAACCCGGCGACAUCGACCACUUCACCCGCGUCCGCGUGUACCAAGCCCUGCUCCCCCGCUACCCCAACGGCAUGGCCGUCAUCAGCCUGCUGCCUCUGGCAAUGCGCAUGGCCGGUCCUCGCGAGGCCAUCUGGCACGCCAUCAUCCGCAAGAAUCACGGUGCCACGCAUUUCAUUGUUGGCCGUGAUCAUGCUGGGCCCGGCAAGAACUCCAAGGGCGUGGACUUUUACGGUCCCUAUGAUGCGCAGCAUGCGGUGGAGAAGUACAGGGAAGAGCUGGGCAUCGAGGUCGUGCCGUUCCAGCAGAUGACCUAUCUGCCAGAUUCGGACGAGUACAGGCCCAAGGACGAGGUCCCUCCUGGUGUCCGCACGCUCGACAUUUCCGGAACUGAACUCCGCAAACGCCUCCGCACCGGCGCCGAAAUCCCCGAAUGGUUCUCCUACCCCGAAGUCGUCCGCGUCCUGCGCGAAUCCAACCCACCCCGCAACAAACAAGGCUUCACCGUCUUCCUCACCGGCUACCAAAACAGCGGCAAGGACGCCAUCGCGCGGGCCCUCAACGUCACGCUCAACCAGCAAGGCGGCCGCAGCGUCUCGCUCCUGCUCGGCGAAACCGUGCGCCACGAGCUCUCCUCGGAGCUCGGAUUCUCUCGACAGGACAGAGACAAGAACAUCGCUCGUAUCGCCUUUGUGGCCGGCGAACUCACCAAGGCGGGCGCGGCGGUGAUUGCCGCGCCUAUCGCGCCCUUCGAGGCCAGCCGCAAGCAUGCGCGCGAACUGGUCGAGAAGUAUGGCAGUUUCUACCUCGUGCACGUGGCCACGCCGCUCGAGUACUGCGAGAAGACGGAUAAGCGUGGCAUCUACGCAAAGGCGAGGAAGGGGGAGAUUAAGGGCUUUACGGGUGUGGACGAUCCGUAUGAGACGCCCGAGAAGGCGGAUCUGGUGGUCGAUGCGUCCAAGCAGAAUGUGAGGACCAUUGUGCAUCAGAUUGUGCUGUUGCUGGAGGCCGAGGGCUUGUUGGAGCAGCUGUAGAUGGGGGAGAUUUCGAGAGGAGGGGUUGGAUACUGAUGGUGUCGGGGAAGGGGAAAGGGUUUAAGGGAAUUUUUUGAUAUGAUAGAUAGAUACAUGAUGGAUUCAAUGGAUCAAGAC